AUGGUGAUGAACACGUCUCGCAUCGUCGAUUUGGAGACUCAAAUGGUGGAGGUCAAGCAGCAAAUGGCUUCUCAACAUCACGAGCUCAAGGACGCAAUCUCGACCUUGGAGGCUUCGAAGAAGGAAAAUAUUGACGCUCUCAUGGCGUCCUUGGCUAAUCUCCGAGAGCACUCUCCUGUUCAAUCGUCGCCACACUCCAUUCACGGUCAAUCUUUAGAGCAUCAUCACUUCCGCCAACACCAGAGUCGUCCGACGAUUCUGGAUCAUUAUCCUCGCCUCGAAUCAGGAGGAUUUUGA